GUCUUUCAUCUCAACUUGUUGACUUGCACAAUGAAUAAUAAUGAACAAUGAAUGAAUGAAUGCCAAGCCUAGUCCUAAAUAGGAAACAAUGAGCCGCAGAUUGGAGGCUGCUUUCGUAUGGCAGACUCCCCUCCUCCACCACCUGCACCACACCACAACUGCAAUACCACGAUUUAUUGCCAAAAACACGUCUGUUUUCAUAUUUUGGAUAUCGCGACUCUACGGAAAGACAUCUCUACCAGCAAAGCCCUCCCCGCUGUGUCGCCAAUGCUGCUCGGGUGUUGAUCCGUGUCGCGUCGCGCUGUGUUGUGAUCUCAUUGCGGCGCCCAAGACAACCAGGAGAAAGCACCAAAGAGAGAAAGAAGCGCUUCAUGCUCGUUCAAUCGCUUUCGUGUCUUUCAUCGGAAAGGGAAUAUCAACAAAGAAACCGAGGCAGUGAUCUUUGUUGCUCCGUGCGGCCAGCGAGACAUUCACGUUUCGGACGACGACAGCAUUAAUACCCCUCCGUUUCCCUCAAUCUCGAGAUUUCGUCGCUUCUCUCGUCCUAUCUUGUCCUUGCCAAACAGCGCUUUCUUUUUACUCGUCCUGCUGCCAGAUAACAAACCUAUCGGAACCAAAUCGAAUAACUGCUUGAGACUGCGAUUUGUAA